CACCUUGUCAAGAGUCAAGAACCCCCACCACAAUGGACAUCCCGAAAUGCGAUGCCGCGCUGCAGCAAGCAUUGAAGGAGCCGCGUCCAAAGCAGCUCGUGGAAGCUAUCAAUACAUUUCUGAAGAAGAAGAAGGCGUCGACGAGCAGCAGCAAUGACGACCCGACCCACUUGGAGUUCAUCUGCCUUGAUUGCAAGUCUGAAGGUGUCGAAGGCAAAGCCCGUGCCUUCUUUGCGUCGCCCCCAGCGAUUGUUCUAUGUGCGAACAGGUUGAACACGACAGAAGACGUGAAAGAAGUCGUCGUGCACGAGCUUAUCCACGCUUACGACUACACUGUGCGCAACAUGGAUCUCACUCAACCCGCGGUGCUUGCGUGCAGGUGUGUAAAUCAAUCACAAUACACGCUUCCUUCCACACUACUCGUUCUUAUCUUAGCGAAGUACGGUCGGCGCGCGAGUCGGAAUGCUUCGAGAAGGCCCAAGCGUUAUGCAAAGACCCGCAACUGUCGAUGGUGCUUCACGGGUGCGACUGGUGGGUCAAGAAAUGCGUAAAGCAAAAUGCCAUCCACGCCACGUCGGUAAGCGCGACCUCCAUGUCAUCAUCCCCAACACUCUUGAGAAUGCCGUAGUCGCUGUUCCCCCACGACGCCUCUACACAUGUUCACAACGUGUUUGAAACGUGUUUUAAAGACCACACGCCAUUUCAAAAAUAGAAUAAAAAACCAGUGGCAAUUGAGUUUGAAGCG